AGCGUACAUGCGGAACAGGCAGUGGGAGAAUAGCGGUAGCGGGCACGGGAAGGAAGAGAGGAAAGGGGGGCGGACAGCAAUUUUAGCCCUCCAUCAGCGGCACAAUUUAUACUGUUUUAAAUAUAACUGUACAUCUACCAAUUUAUUCAUAAGAAGAAGUGAAAGCCGCCAAAAUGGCACAGCCAGACAAUCAAAGCAAGAGAUUCUUUGAGAGUCUGUCGGGAGCAGGGAAAUCCAUCGCAGUGCUGACUAGCGGAGGGGAUGCUCAAGGAAUGAAUGCUGCUGUCCGGGCCGUCGUUCGAAUGGGAAUCUAUGUGGGAGCCAAAGUUUACUUCAUUCGCGAGGGAUAUCAGGGUAUGGUAGAUGGUGGAGAAGAGAACAUAAAGGAGGCAUCCUGGGAAAGUGUCUCCAGCAUGUUACAAAUGGGUGGCACUGUCAUUGGCAGUGCCCGGUGCAAGGAGUUCCGGUCCCACGAGGGGCGUCUGAAGGCAGCCCACAACCUGGUGCAGCGGGGCAUCACCAACCUGUGUGUGAUCGGAGGGGACGGCAGCCUGACUGGGGCCAACCUCUUCAGAGAGGAGUGGAGCGGACUGCUGGAGGAACUGGUCCAGCAGGGUUUGAUUGAUGAAGAUGCUGUCCAGAAGUAUUCAGCCCUGCACAUCGUCGGGAUGGUGGGGUCUAUCGACAACGACUUCUGUGGCACUGACAUGACAAUCGGGACGGACUCUGCCCUGCACAGGAUCAUAGAGGUGGUGGAUGCAAUCAUGACCACCGCACAGAGCCACCAGAGGACAUUUGUGCUGGAGGUCAUGGGCAGGCAUUGUGGAUACCUGGCUUUAGUGAGUGCCCUGGCGUGUGGUGCUGACUGGGUGCUGAUUCCUGAGAUGCCCCCUGAGGACGGCUGGGAGGAGAAGAUGUGUCAGAAGCUAUCUGCGAACCGGGCAGGAAUGAAAAGGCUGAAUAUCAUAAUAGUAGCCGAGGGGGCAAUUGAUUGUAACAACAAGCCCAUAACGACAGACCAUGUCAAGGAUCUUGUUGUCAGAUGCCUGGGGUUUGACACCCGUGUGACAAUCCUGGGCCACGUCCAGAGGGGAGGAACCCCCUCUGCCUUCGACCGUAUCCUGGCCAGUCGUAUGGGUGUGGAGGCUGUCAUUGCCCUGUUGGAAACUACAGCUAAUACACCGGCCUGUGUGGUCUCUCUGUGUGGAAACCAGGCGGUGAGACUGCCUCUCAUGGAGUGUGUACAGAUGACUCAAGAGGUGCAGAAAGCCAUGGAUGAGAAGAAGUUUGAAGAGGCUGUGAAGCUGCGCGGCAGGAGUUUUGAAAACAAUCUGAAAACAUACAAGCUCCUGGCUCACCGUAAACUAGAAUCAGAACUCCCACAUAGUAACUUCAACAUUGCUGUGCUGAAUGUGGGAGCCCCCGCAGCGGGCAUGAACGCUGCUGUCCGCUCUGCCGUCAGGGUGGGCAUCUCUGAGGGACACAAGAUGUUCGCUGUCAACGAUGGCUUCGAGGGAUUCUACAAGGGACAGAUAAAAGAGAUCAAAUGGGCAGAUGUCGGAGGAUGGACAGGGCAAGGUGGAUCUCUGUUGGGAACAAAACGAACUCUCCCUGCAAAGCAUGUUGAAAAAAUUGCUGAGCAGAUGCGAGCACAUAACAUAAAUGCAUUGUUAGUUAUCGGAGGAUUCGAGGCCUACCUGGGACUCAUGGAAUUGUUAGAAGCCCGUGGGAAAUAUGACGAGUUCUGUGUGCCCAUGGUCAUGGUGCCAGCCACUGUCUCCAACAAUGUGCCGGGUUCAGACCUCAGCAUUGGCGCUGACACAGCUCUGAACGCCAUCACUGAUGCGCUUGAGUGUCUUCUGCAGCUGUAUGAGGCUCGGUCCAGCUAUGAGGAGUUUUGCAUCCCCAUGUGUAUGCUGCCUGCCACCAUUAGUAACAAUGUGCCUGGCACUGACCUUAGUAUUGGGGCAGACACAGCCCUCAAUUCCAUCGUGGAGACAUGCGACCGCAUCAAGCAGUCUGCCAGCGGGACCAAGCGGCGUGUGUUCAUCAUUGAGACCAUGGGAGGGUACUGUGGGUACCUGGCCAGUGUCGGGGGGUUGGCUGCUGGGGCGGACGCUGCCUACAUCUACGAAGAACCCUUUGACAUCAGGGACCUUCAGUCCAACGUUGAGCAUCUGACAGAGAAGAUGAAGGGAGCCAUUCAAAGAGGAUUGGUCCUCAGAAAUGAGAACAGCAACGAGAACUACACGACAGACUUCAUCUACCAGCUGUACUCUGAGGAAGGGAGAGGAGUGUUCGACUGCAGGAAGAAUGUACUAGGACACAUGCAGCAGGGAGGGGCACCAUCUCCUUUCGACCGCAACUUUGGGACAAAGAUCUCGGCCAAAGCCAUGCUAUGGCUCACCAAGAAAAUGAACGAGACCUUCAGACAAGGGAGAGUGUUUGCCAACACAGAAGACACGUGCUGUCUGUUGGGGAUGCGUCGCAGGGCCCUGGUCUUCCAGCCCGUCGUACAGCUGAAGGAUGAAACUGACUUUGUCCACAGGAUCCCUAAGGAACAGUGGUGGCUGAAGCUCCGCCCCCUGAUGAAGAUCCUGGCCAAGUACAAGACCAGCUAUGACGUGUCUGACUCUGGCCAGCUGGAGCACGUGGUCCGCAACAUCCAGCCCAAGGAGUCGGACCCCUCCGGGGCCAUGUGAGCAUCUGUUGUCAUAGGUCUCUCUGAUUGUCCCCUUUAGAACAGGGGGCUGUCUGCGUAAAAGAGUACCAACUAGCAACAACCAAUAGCAGCGUAAAAGUCCUCUGUUGGUCAGUUAUCGGUCAAUUUGUUUAUUUUUCUGUCUGUCUUUCAUUCGUCCCCAUUGUAAAAGUCCCUUUUUUUGUUUUAUUUACAAACCGGCGUAUACAGUAGGACUAGGAAUGUCUGUCUGUCACCAUUGAGAGCUCUCCAGCCUAACUCCAGUGCUUCUGUCUGUUUUCACACUGACCCUUUGUGUUGAACUGUACUUUCUCCUUCCUCCUCUGACACCCUGAUGUCUGUUCCCAAGACUAACCCAUCUGAGAAUAGAUAACACCAUAUGGUAGAUCUGCCAGUGUGAAGUUACUGGCCAUAUUUACGUACCUGUAAGACUGAAUGAAAUACAAUGCUGAUAUUGGCUGUGAGUUUCACAUCACAAAUGUUUUGUUUUUGUUUUAACUUCAUGUUAAUUUGCUUGAAACAUGGAUAUAUUAUACAACUACUAUUUAGACACUACUUAAAGUAGGAGUCAAAUGUAAUGCACCAUUCAUUUAAAUGUGUACGGCCAAUAUUCCCCACACAAUAAACAUUAUUAAACAGGUAAAUACAAAGGAA